UUACUGCGGAACAAUCGUGCGUACAGAUCGCCGCCUGCGAGAGCUUUUAAAAAUACAAGUGUUCUGCGUUCCAAAAUAGAAUCGCAAUAAUUACACAAAUUAUUAUUUUUAUUGUUUAUCGAAAAACAAUAGUGAAAUAGUGAAAAAUGUCACGCAAUAAAACCAGUUUGUAUGCGCUCUUGCUGCUUGGCCUGCUGGGCUCCGUGACAGCUUACAACUAUCUAAUGGUGCUUCCAACUGGUGCUCGAUCUCACUAUAAUGUCGGGUCAGCGUUGGCCAAAGGUUUGGCAGCCGCUGGUCAUCAGGUGACCUUGAUCUCGCCCUUCCCGCUCAAGAAACCGAUUCAGAAUAUUAAUGAUGUGCCCGUUCCAAAUAUUUUGAAAUCAAUGGGAGGUGACAUAGAUAAUUUACUGAAAAGAUCGGAAAAGCCAAUUAUACAACAAAUUAUUGGAUUCUAUGACAUGGGUAUACGUCUGACCAACACACUGCUGCAAGAUCCAAUUGUUAAGAAACUGAAAGAUUCCAAUCAGACUUUUGAUGCAGUUAUCAACGAAGUAUUUCUGAACGAAGCGCAUUUUGGAUUUGCUGAGCAUUUCAACGCACCACUUAUUGGUCUCGGCACUUUUGGCGCCAUCAGCUGGAACACUGAUAUGGUUGGCUCGCCAUCGCCCGCCUCUUAUGUGCCUCAUGCACUGCUCAAAUUCUCCGAUCACAUGUCGUUCGUCGAAAGAGUCAUCAAUUUGGCCUUCCUCAGCUACGAGUAUUUGUUCAUGAAGUUCUACUACUUGCCACAACAGGAACAGCUCUUCAACAAGCACUUUCCCAAUAACAAGCAAGAUUUCUAUGAGACGCGCAGUAAUGCUGCCUUGGUUCUGCUCAAUCAGCAUGUUUCACUGAGCUUCCCCCGGCCAUAUUCACCCAAUAUGAUCGAAGUGGGUGGCAUGCACAUUCAACGUAAUCGCAGUGCACUGCCCAAGGACAUCGAAGAGUUCAUCAAGGGUGCUAAACAUGGUGUCAUUUACUUCUCCAUGGGUUCCAACCUAAAGAGCAAAAAUCUACCACAAGAAAAGCGACAAGCUUUAAUUGACACCUUCAGCCAGCUAAAACAACGCGUGCUAUGGAAAUUUGAAGAACCCAAUUUGCCGGGUAAGCCAGAGAAUGUCUUCAUCUCGGACUGGUUCCCUCAGGAUGACAUAUUGGCCCACGAGAAUGUUAAAUUAUUCAUCACACACGGCGGUCUCCUCAGCACCACAGAAUCGAUUUAUCAUGGCAAACCAUUUGUGGGUAUUCCCAUUUUUGGUGAUCAGUUCCUUAAUAUGGCACGUGCUGAGCAAAAUGGCUAUGGCAAGACAGUUAACUACGAAGAGCUAACAACGGAAAGAUUACUGGCGGCGAUCAACAAGCUGCUUCAAGAACCGCAGGCCAUUAAACUGGUCAAAGACAUGUCCGCUCGCUAUAGAGAUCAGCCACAAUUGCCCCUGGAACGUGCUGUCUACUGGGUGGAACAUGUGACCAGGCAUAAGGGUGCCAAGUAUUUGCGAAGUGCAUCCCAGGAUCUCGAUUUUGUGCAAUAUCAUAACCUGGAUGCUAUUCUAGUGCUAUAUGGCGGCAUCUUAUUUGUGCUCUAUUGUAUUCUAUUGCUCAUACGCCGGGCAUGGGGAGGACUGCAGAAUUUAUUCUUGGGUCGCCAGACAGCAAAAGCAAAAGUGAAACGUAAUUGAGAUAAGGUUCAAGAUUAAGUAUUAUAAGAUAGUCGGCGUGUGUAUAUUGUCGAUAAAAUCCAGCCACACUUUAAGUGUUUGAUUUUGCUAAUAAAAAUUGCAGCGAGAGGUCGGUUUGGGUUGCCGCCGGCAUUGAGAUUGUAAAAUAAAAUGGGAAAUAUUUUUGUAUAGCUAUCGUCGAUUUUAACUGCACCCAAGCCCAGUGUUUCUCUUGAACUUUUUUGCAUAUUCUUUUUGGGCUUUUUCUUUUUCUUCUACUUUUUUUUUGUUUGCUAGUUUCGCAUAGUUAACGCUUCAGUUGUAAAAAUGCCCAUCAGCGCGUUCAAAUUUUCAGCAGCGAGCCCAGCAAAAGCAACGCUAGUGGCAGUGCCAUGGUCACGCCCAUGUCCAUACGUCCGCCCAACACUCAACGCUUUUGUUUUCUUCGUCUCGUUUUAUUUUUGUUUUGUUAUUUUUGUUUUUGUGUUUUUUUUUCGACAAUUGUUGUUGCUGGCAGCAUAGUGAAAACUAGGCGGCGGGUGGUGGGUGGUAAAACGGUGGCCAAAGGGUCUCGUGCAAAAGGCGUAUAAAAGUUUUUGCGCAACUUAUUGCAACUGUUUUGGACCAUGGCUGCAGUGGAAAAUCAGCGUCCGCUCCGGAAAUGUUGGCGGCUGUAAUAGCGGCCAUAUUAAAAGUGAACACCAAGAAAUGUAUAUACCUAAGCAAACACAACAAAAAAAAAGACAAGCAAGAAAAGCUAUAGACGAAUUUACUCGACUACUCGAAUUCAAUAUUGAAUGUUGCGAUUUAUUUUGUUCUACUAAUCAGCUUUUUAUUUUAUAUAUUUAAAAUUUCAAUUUUUAUGUAGAAUAUGCGUGCAUAAAAUUAACAAAGAUGCUCAGACAGCGUUGCACAUUUAAUACCUCAGUUUCUUUAUUAAUUUUAUCUCAUUGCAAGAUUUGAAUAUAAAUUAUUCGUGAAUUCCCUGUUCAGGGGGCUUUUUCUUACAACCUGUAUGUAUAAAAAUUAAAUUAGAAAGAUAUUUUAUUUUAAGGCCUAUACUUAAUGAAGUUAAGGCUUCAGAAAUAAGAAGACAUUAUGCCUCAAAUGAAAAAUAUUUUUCGAAUCUUGAAAAAAACAUGUAUUUGUGAUUUUCACAUAAUUAAAGUUAAAGAGAAAGUAUUUAGAGCUAAACAUGAUUUCAAAUUUUCAAGUAAUAUUUUAAGAUACUUUCUUUGAGAGUGUUUAAUCGCAGGAAAUCUUGAAUAUUUACAUAAUAACAACAGCAGUUACAGCUUUUUAUGCAAAAUAUCAUCGCUAACAGUAACCAGCAGCCAGAAACCAGCAACCAACAACAUCAACUUCAACAAAUAGCAUAUUCAACUCAUGAAUUUUUGAUUAAGCAUUUGAUGAUGCGGCCAAAUAAAACCGUUCGAAUACAACGGAAAUGGUACUGCAAUUUAAUAUUAUGCAUACGAAACGUAUGCAACUGAUUGGACAGCGGUUAAUGCAUAUUUUUCGUAUAUUCUUGUGUUAUCCAUACCAUAAUGAGCUGCAUACAAAUGAGUGAUAAAUAUGUACAAUCAAUGCCAGACAGACAACCAACGAUCAAUACUUUCUACCAUGUGUACAGGGAUUAUGUAAUAAUUGCGACUCGAAUAUAGUAAACGAUUUAUUACUGUAAGUCUUAAUGAUUUUAUUGGAAACAUAAAUUCUUAUAAUAAAUUUCA